GUGCACAUCCUGGCACAGCCAAUCGGUGCAAGUUGACAUUUUAUAAAAAAAUUCUAUCAUUAAUAAAAAAAUCUCGAAGGAAGAAUUACCAACCUCCGUUUAGAUUGACACAGAGUUGACACAAAUUUAUUUGUCAAAAUACCAUACAAACAUUAUUUCUUUUACGUUUUAGUCAUCAGUUCUGAUUUUGUUUCCUCGAUUUUCUGUGAAUAUCACCUUGCAGCCAAAAAUCUAACCAAAGCUUGUAAGUUGCAAAAGGAUCAUCAUACUGUGCUCUAUUUCCGUAAUCAUCGGAUCAUCGCGAGUGAGUGAAUUGUACUCUUGGUUUCUCGUUCUUGACCUUAGUUUGGCUAACGACACCUCGAUACAAUUUUAAGUUGUGUAACGACGCCAGAAGUAAAUGCCAAAUCUCACUUCGACGCUUUAUUGUUCGACAAUAAUACGUUUCGAUGUCCAACACGGUAUUCUGUCAAAAAACCUAAUAAGAAUUUUCUUGUAAGAAUCGUUUACUCCCGCUUUUUGUAGCGAAACUAACUCUGAAAACUGAACGCGCAUAACUAAAUGCUCUUAUAGAGCAAGUUGACCACUUUUACAAACAAUAAUAAGAAGGUUAUGUUACAAUGCCAGCCUCAUAGUUGUUAACAUAGGACUUAGUUGCAAGGAGGCAGGUACAUAUGUUUUUAUUGAUGGUACAAUGAGCGAGGAGGCACAUAAUGAUAGCAGCAAGAAGACUGCAUCGGUUGCCGAGUCGCAGGAGUCAGGUGCCCAGGGUGCGGAGAGCAUCCCCGCACAGCUGGACGCUUCCACUAAUGUCUCACAUGCGCAGCUCGGACAGAUGACGGCGGGCUCGGUGCCACACUCGGAGGGCAAGUGGAUGUGUGAAAUGUGUACUUAUGAGAACUUCCCACUUUCCAGGAAGUGCACUAUGUGCCGCACCCCCAAGCCCUCGCUGGGGGAGGACAUCUUCAAGCUGCAGCAGGACGGUGCCAGCGCGUUGCCAGCGCAACAAGUCUGUGGUGCGGAGGCGGUAGCGGAACGUUUAAAGCCGUUGAGAAUAUCAUCUCCGCAAGGCCAGGCCAGCGCCUCCUCCGUCAACAAGUGGGCUUGCUCAACAUGUACUUACGAGAACUGGCCGCGCUCGCUCAAGUGCGCCAUGUGCGGCGCCGCGCCCGCACCACACCUCGCGCACCACGCGCACCACGCGCACCACGCGCACCACGCGCACCACGCGCACCAACAGAAUGACGGUGGUACUGAGAUGUGCAACAACAGUCAGAGCGGCGCGCACGAGGCGGACGUCACUCGCCGCAGCAAGCGCAGGAACAAUCCCGACUGGCUGUGGCUGCAGGCCUGUCUCGGCGUGGUGGAGGGCGAGGCGCGCUGUGUGGAGGCGUACCUGGCGAGCGGCGGGUCUCCGGCGCGCGCGCUCACGUCGCCCGAGGUGCAGCUGCUCAACCGCGCCUCCGCCUUCGACACCGGACACACGCUCGUGCACCUCGCCAUCAGGUUUCAGAGACAGGACAUCCUGUCCACGUUGCUGUCGCGCAUCUCCGGCGGCGGGCCCGGCCUCAAGCGCUCGCCAUCUUACAUAGCGCCCGACUUGGCGGCGGCCAUCCGGCGACACAUGGCGGGCUGUUUGCGCACCAAGAAGGGCAACUUCCCCUGCAGAUACAUCAACGAGUUCUGCACAUUCACCCUACCCGCAGAGAUAGAGGAGCUGCCGGCCGCGAUCCAGGAGCAGCUGUUCUCCGAGCUGCUGGACCGCGAGGCGCAGCAGACGCUGGAGGCCGAGCCGCCGCUCAUCAACUGGAGCCACGAGCUCACAGUCACCCUUGGGUCGCGGCUGUACGCGCUGUGGAACAGGUCCGCGGGCGACUGUCUGCCGGACGCGGUGUGUCAGGCCGCGUACGGCGUCUUCGACCGCGGCAAUGCGCUGCGUCAGGCGCUCGCUGACUCGCUGCAUCACGCUCACAGGAGUUUCUACGAGCGAUGGCAGGCGUGGGAGCGGUGGCAGGCGUCGCUGCUGCAGUACGCGCCCGAGGAGAGUCAGCUGCGCGCCGAGUGGGCUCGCCUCACCGCCGCCGCCGCGCGCCCCGGCACCCCGCUGCACCAGGUGCACGUGUUCGCGUUCGCGCACGUGAUGCGGCGCCCCAUCAUAGUGUACGGCGUCGACGUCGUCAACUCGUUCCGCGGCGAGGCGCUCGGAUACGCCAAGUUUCAAGGCAUCUACCUGCCGCUGCUGUGGGAGCCGGAGUUUUGCUGCAAGUCGCCGCUGUGUCUGGGCUACACGCGCGGUCACUUCUCCGCGCUGGUGCCGCUGGAGCCCUACCCGCACAGGCACUCAUAUAUAUGCAGGGAGCAGCAGAAGGAGAGCGAGGAGGUGACGUUCCUGCCGCUGACGGACUCCGAGGGCAAGCUGCUGCCCGUGCACUUCCUGACCGGGGACGAGGGCGGCGAGGCGGGGGGCGAGGCGGCCGUGCGGCGCUACGUGUCUGCGGCGGCGCUGGGCGGAGGCGCGCGCGCAGCUCGCCAGCGUCUGCACCCGCGUCCACUGUUGCAGGCGCAGAUGCUCGAGGAGUGGCUCAACCACUACCGCAGGCUCGCACAGCAGAGCCGCGGCCCCUUCCCGCCGCGACUGCACGCCGCCGCUGACUUCUCCAGCGAUCCAGACAGCGACGACGAGUGACCUCACGCCGCCUCACCACCUCAUCACCUCACGACCUCGCGUCACCACCUCAUCGCCUCACAACCUCACACCAGGUGGCGCUUCACAUGCAACUGUCAAAAUCAUUGUCCAACUUUCCGUCAAUUAAUCGACUUAUUGUUUAUUUUCAAUGAUUGUAAGAUUGUGUACUAACUGUAUACAAUAUACAUGUUUCAUCUCGCGAACUAACACAAUGUAUAUUUUCAAAUUACUAAAUUGAUACAGUUGUAUAAAUUGUGUUUGUAUAAAUAUUAACUUGUACACGCGUACUU